AUGGGCGGGUUGCAAAAAUGAAGAAAUGGCAAUUACAAGGAAAGAGGAGCCAAACCGCGAAAAAGGGGUGGAAAGGGAUGACAGCAUUUCAAGAAUCAAGAUGGUUUACAGUCUCCCAGGUGUCAAGAUUACGUGUGAUAAACCCACUAUAGUGACGAUCAUCCAAAGGCACGAGGAAGAAAGCACCCACACAUUUGACUGGGUUUUUACCCUCACAUUUGAGAUAGCUGAAGUUGGAAAGCUGCGUAAAAUUGAUCUCCUUCAUCGAUACCACGAGUGCUAUCGCCUUACUGAAAUUAAAGGCCUUUCCGGGGACGUAGAGGAAUUCCGUGACGCUCCUAAAGAGCGCUGGUCUUACACCCUUCCCAGUUUUUUUGACCAGAUGAAAGGUCGAAUUCGAGUUGCUGUCACCGUCUCCUUUCACACCACAAAGUUUUACGGGACGUUUACACAAUGUCUUCAAUUUGAUUUUGAAAGAAAACCGCACUUAUUACAAGGAUUAAACGUGGAUGUUGCUAGCGAAGGUGCCUUGAGCGGAAUCUCAAAGAUGAGGCAGUUGCUAAAAUUGGAUUCCUCCGUUUGGACGGAAGGUUCUGUGGAAAUAGUCCGGUACCCAGAAUCCAUUAAUAAGGAUGAUCAGGAUUUCCUGCUACAAGAUAGAUACCGGUUACCAGAGAGAAUUGAGAAUAUUCUUCCAUUGCAAAUAACGGAGAUAAACCUAACCAUGGAAAAAUACAGGAGAGUGAUGCAUCAAUUAUUGUUUACUGAAGAGCUGUUUAUCAAAAAGGCAAUUUCCAGGUUUGCCUUUAACGAUGUGACCUUACAUUGCAAAAGUACCGUCGUUGACCAAAGAUCAGGACUCACACACGCCGUGGACGGCGAGUUGUUUGGUGUUCUGAAGCUCGAGCAAAAAAGAUCCCCCCACUUAGAUGACGCUGCAAGAAGACUUCUGACUAGAGUUGUACAGUAUGCUUGGCUUCGGCUAACUAGUGGCAGUUCAAGGAAUGUGUACGAGGCAAAAGUUGAAACUGUCGAGACUGAAUCACAGCACGUGACUUUGAAGCUGUCUUCCCAGACUUGCUUAGAUUUGCAAUUGACUGAUGAGGGUAAAGUUUCAAUCGAUGCACAAUUGCAGCUCAAUCGGCAGUCUCUUUGUCAAUGGCAUGAUGCAAUUGAUAGGCUGGGACCUGUUCAUCUUAAAUUACUCUUUCCAGAAAAGAAAAUAUUGCGUGUCAAUCAAGAGGGAAUUCAUCUCUCUAAUUGGCAACGUUUGGAGCCCAAGCUCAACGAGAGCCAAAGAAAGGUGAUAAAGCGUAUUUUAGCUCCUGAAGAUGUAUCAUCACCGCUUGUUGUCUUUGGACCUUUUGGUACCGGCAAAACAUUUACAUUGAAUCAGGCAAUCCGUGAGUUGGUGACAAGAGAAAGCAAUCGUGUUCUUCUUUGCACACAUACAAACAGCGCAGCCGAUAUACACGUUAAGCUAUUACACGAGUACUUGACAGAGCAUAAUGGACUGAAAGCGACCAAGCCGCUAAGGAUUUAUCAAACAAAGAGAAGAUUAAAUGCUGAUUUAGAUAUAGCUAAGAGGUAUGGCCUUAUAAAAGACGGCGCCUAUGUACUUCCCACAAGAGAGGAUGUUAUUUUGCGUCGUGUUGUGAUCGCCACACUAGCUGUAUCACGGCAUCUUCUAGAGCUUCGAUUAAACCAUGGAUUCUUUACACAUAUUUUGAUUGACGAGGCUUACCAAGCCCUGGAACCUGAGGCACUAAUACCACUCGCGUUAGCUGGACCAAAUACAAAGGUUGUCUUUACUGGAGAUCAUAUGCAGAUGAGUCCUGAAGUAUAUUCGAAUCAUGCCCGUGCUUGGGGUCUGCAGAGGUCGCUCCCUGAGAGACUGUUUGAUCACUUGUACAGCGCAGAGCAACCGUCAAAUUGCAAUGUGGUAAUUCUGACGGAAAACUAUCGGUGUCAUCCAAAAAUUCUGCAAUUUUCCUCACAUAACUUCUACAAAGAGGGGCUGAUCGCGAGGAGCGAAGAACCUCAACACCCAAGGUUGAAACCAUUAUUAUUCUAUUCUGUGUCCGGUAUGGAAGAAGCGAGAGAGAAUUCAUACAUUAACACAGUAGAAGUAGAUGAAAUUGUAACGAGAGUCAAGGAGCUCGCAGGUGACUGGCCAGUGGAGUGGAAAGAAAAGGAUCUCUCUAAAAUUGGCGUCGUCUCGGCAUACCUAAGUCAGGUUCAAUUAAUCCGACAAGCUCUCAGAAGGGAAGGCGAGGGGCUUAAGAAAGUCACAGUGGAAACAAUCUAUAACGUCCAAGGAAAAGAAUUCCGUGCCCUAUUCAUCAGCACUGUACGCACAUCCCUCACAUUCCCUCAAUUUCACAAACGUAAUGAUCAAAGAUUCUACUGGGAGUUCUUUUCUGACCCGAAGCUCUUAAACACGGCGGUAACCAGAGCUAUGUCUUUGGUAGCAGUCGUUGGAGAUGCUAUCUCCUUGUGUACUGUUGGUGAGUGUAGGAGCAAUUGGCGGGAUUUUAUCAGAAGAUGUGACCAAGAUGGAUCUCUGUCUGGAACUUCAUAUACAGCGAUAGAGGAAGCUAUAGCUACCCCUCUUUCUAAGAUUUCUUUAAACCCUGAGGCAGCUGUUUUCGUUCCAAGUAGCGAUGGAGGCCUCAAACCGUUGGUAUGCGAUCGCUCGCAAGGUGCGAAAGAUACGGAAACCAUCGAAUUGAGUGAAGAAAGUUCAGCUGAACACAGUCUCGUUAGUCCAAUGACCGUGUCAGGAAGUAAAACAGAUCGCCCGAAUAAUCAUUUGAAUGUAAAAGAGGUUUCAUCUAAAGAGAAGGAGGAGCGUAAAACUGAUGGGUCUUUGGAACAAUAUUCGCAAGGUGAUUCAUAUCCAAACCAAGAAGACGAAGACGACGCAGAGCUUAGUAAUUUAACCCCUUUUGAAGACUUUCGACGGGAAGGUUGUGAAGACGAAACAGUUCUUCCAAGCUCCUUUGACAAAGUAAUUGAGGCACUUGUGGCAACGAAAAAAGAAACCCAGGAGAGGGAGCUUCGACGAUCACUAAAGAAUGAAGAAUACCCCUCGCUGAGGAAUGCAGAGUCGAUCAACCGGAGAGGAUACAAAGUGACAAAUGAUUUCGACGAAGGAAGCAAACACAACAAUCGAGGCAGUCGAGAAAAUUCCAGUUUAUCUGGUCUUUCGUCUGAUGACUAUCAAUUCUCCUUUGACGCUAUAGGUAGGGUACAGGCUGGCCCGGUAAACUUCGGGCAUCAUCAAACGCAUUCUAAUCGACGUAAUAGGCCAACGGGACAAGUCAAGGAAGAUGAAUACCUUCACCGAGAGGUAUUACUGAAAUUUAUUCAUGAACAACCUAAGACUUAUCGUGCCAGUACACUUCAUCUCGACUCCGAGGCCUUCAACAUGGCAUUUGCUACUGUGCCGGACACGCAAACACCGGACAUACAAAUCAAAGGAAGAGUUAAAAGGGUUUUCGACAUGGAUCAAGUUGUCGUCAAUAUUGCAGAAAAUCAGUCAAAUUCUAUUGAUGCAGUUCCUCGCUAUCAGGGAGAAAUUGUAGGUGUGCUUCAUCACAUUAUCAGCCCUCACGAACGACAGUUUGUCUGCAAGGUCAAUUUCCACAAUCCGAAUUUGAUGCUUCCAAUCAAUAAGUCCAUGUCAAAAAUCGUGAUUUUAUCUGCAGAUAACCUUGAAGGUGUACCCCUCUACAAGGAAUUGCGCGAGGGAAACGGGAAGAAAGUAAAAGUCUGCGAGAUGGACUAUGAAGAAUUCCUUAGUGGAAAAUACCUGUUCCUCGUGCAGUUUCUACAGUGGAGGUCAGAUUGCAUUUACCCCUUAGGUAUCAUCAUUCGAAAAUUGCCGAAGAGAUAUACUUGGAAGGCCAGUAUGGAGAUUCUUCUAGCAGAGCAUGGUAUUAGAAAGUCAUUCAGCGAUGAUUGUGAAAGGGAAGUGCGAACGAAGUUCCCCUCGUCGUGGUCAAUACCAGCUCACGAAAGAAACAACCGCGAAGUAGUUAAAGGAGCAUUUACGAUAGAUCCUGAAAACUCUAAGGAUCUCGAUGAUGCACUUUCCCUAGAACUGCUUUCGAGCUCUGUAUACCGGGUAGGAAUUCACAUCGCAGACGUGAGUUACUUUGUAGAGGCUGGUAGCUAUUUGGAUAAAGAAGCAUUGUUUCGCUGCAUAUCCUAUUACCCUGGGAAUGAGUAUCAAAAUGUUCCAAUGUUACCACCUGAUCUCAGUGAAAAACAUUGCAGCCUUCUUCCUGGUAAAGAUCGUUUAUGUUUAUCAGUGUUUCUUGACAUGUCAGAAGAUGGAAAAUGUUUGGGAGAGCCACAGAUCAAACGCACAAUCGUAACGUCCUCCCGUCAGCUUACCUACUCUGACGCCCAAAAAGUUAUUGAUGCUCAACGAAGCUCACGCAAGCAAUUCCCCAAAAGUGUUGAAAGUGAUAUUCAGGCCCUGAAUGUCCUAGCGCAAAAAAGAAGAAAAUUAAGACUCCGAGAAGCUAGCUUUGACCAUUGGUCAGACAGUGAUGAGCCAGAAUGUUAUGAAGCACAUGAGUUAGUGGAGGAAAUGAUGAUUUUGGCCAACGAGAAAAUAGGUCAACUUCUUCUCACUAGUAUUCCAGAGAUGGCACCGCUGCGCACCCAACUGCCACCAAAAGAUUACAAAUUGAAAGAUUGGUUGAGUCGAUACGGGCAUUUUAUCAAGUGUUCUCUGUUUCUCCGCGGCAAGCAACAUCUCGAGAAGAUGACCGAGGAUAACCAAAUGAGAGAGAUCACGGAAUUCAAAGUGCAAGAUUCCGUUUGGUCAGAAAUCUGCAGGGCUGUAGAAUCUGAUGACAAAGCAAAGCUACAGCGGCUGAUUUUUACAGAAAGAAAGUAUCCUCAGCUAGCUGUUGCAAAUCUUCAGUUUCAACGCAUUCAGCAAAAGUCCUGUUAUAUCUGUGAGAGAGGUCAUCCACGAGAAAACAGUUUGCAUUUCUCUCUGGGGGAGCACGGCUAUACACAUUUUACUUCACCCAUUCGACGGUACAUUGACAUUCAAGUACACAGACUCGUCUUGGGUUUAAUCUCCAACGACCACGGUGCAGAAAGAUACCGAAAGGAUUACGUGGCUAAGGUGUGUCGUCGUUCCACGUUUGCUCAGCGUAAUAGCAAGAAGUUCGACAGAGCAAGUAAUAAAGUCAAUUUGGCUGCCAAGCUUAAAGAAGCAAGCCGCGAAACAAAAGCAGUCAUCGCAAUGAUCGAAGAUAAGAGCAUUAGGUUGGAAAUAACGAGCCAAGAACACGACCGUUUGUCCAAAAAAGAGAGGGAAAUUAAAUUCAGCGAUCUCAACCUGUAUGAUUUCAUGCCAUAUAUAUCAGAAAUAGUCUUUAUCUGGAAAUUAAGGCUAUACAUUGCUCCAAAAGAGAGGGAGUCCUUGGAGGACUACAUCGAAAAUCUAGAAAUCGAAAGAAAUGAAGUUGUUUCCCUGUUAAAUGAAGGAUUGGCUGCCACGAAGGAAGUCCUAAGCUUGAAGAUGGAAAACUGGAUGAAGCUCCUGGAAGCUGUUCAAGACAACGACUAUGCAGAAGCUAAGAUGUUGAUUACAAAGACUGAAGAUCACCAAAGGGCUCUCAGAAAACGGUUUCCUCCACGUAACAAUGAAAAUAGGGAUUCAAACACGGAGCACUUUCAUGAAAGGCGACUGUCUCUGGCGACCUUUGACAUGGUAAACGUUCAGUUAAGUGCCCACAUGACACAAGGAAUGUUACAUCCGCAAAUUCAGCUUUUCAAGAUUAAUUCCAAGGUCCACAUUUGCAUUGAACACCGCAAAUAUCCAAGAGAGUGCUUCGCUACGACGGUAAAAUACCGAGCAUCUCGAGCAAGCUACUCGUGUUUAGAAAGCUACAUCACUGCUUGGGAACCUGUUCUUGCCAUGGAAAGCGCUACAGAGGCUGUAGAUGAAAGUGACGAGUUUACUAUGUACGAUUUACAUGUGAAGUGGCGGGCUGAAACCAGUGAAAAUCCAGUUGGUUCUUUCAGCCUGGACCACGAAUAUUGCAAGAAUCGUCAAAUCGAGUUUUUCCCCGGGGAUUUCGUUUGCAUCCAUGUCCGAGAAGACUUCAAUAAAAACUGUCCUUCUUCCACCAGUAAGAGGAACAUAUCACAGAUGGAUACAAAUCUUGAAGAACAACCUCGCGACCCGUUGGCAGCUGGAACUUCAUCCUUGGAAGGCAAUUCACCCCAAGAAACCCAUGAAGUGUCAUCGAAUGUCUGGGUUGGACACUGCGUCAUAAGACGUGCUGAAUUGUUAAAAGAAAACACUUUGUUAGUUGAGAUGAACUUUCAUCAGUCAGCCUCGAAGUUUCCUGAAGAUCUAUUGAGUGGUGGUCAACUGAGUACAUUAAACAUCAUUCACAGAUCACUUCCAAAGAGACGAAUGUUUGCAGCUCUUAAAGAACUAAGAUUUGCAUCCAAACUGUCUCACGCCAUUUGCUUGGGAAUAGAGCCAGAUCAAGGGUGGUUUGAGCCACAGCUUCCACAUGAUAUGUCAAUUGUGCGAGACUAUCCGAAGUGCGGAUUCAAGCCGCUGAAUCCAUAUCAGCAGGCAGCUGUGAAAGGUGCUCUUGAGAAGCCAUUUACCCUCAUCCAGGGUCCUCCAGGUACGGGUAAGACAGUGACAGGUGUCCACAUAGCCUUCAGCUUCGCGAAACGAAACAGGCAAAACCUCCAUACUUUUGAUCCGGGAAGUCAAGACGAACCGAAGGCACCACCGCAAGUUAUUUACUGCGGUCCUUCCAACAAAGCAGUAGACGUUGUGGCCGAGUACAUGAUUAAAGUUCCUGGCCUCAAGAUCAUCCGCGUGUACAGUGAUCGGAAAGAACAGGCAGAGUUUCCAAUCCCUAACAAACGCCAGGCUCUUAAACAGUCCAGCGACGAUGGGAUCGGAAUACCUGAGAAACUGAAGAACGUUUCGCUACAUCACAUAAUUCGAAAAUAUCCAUGUCCAUAUGCUAAUGUACUUGAGAUGUAUGAAAAUAAGUUUGAGGAUGAUAGGAUGAAAAAUAAGAGAACCAGCAAGGAAGAAGUAACUGCAUAUUGCCAGCUAAUCGGCAAAGCCGAGGUUUGGGCACUUCAAUCAUCAGGAGCCCAGGUUAUCCUGUGCACGUGCUCGGUUGCUGGUAGCCGUAGGAUUGCAACUGCCUGUGAUAACGUUCAACAAUGUAUCAUUGAUGAAUGCGGCAUGUGCAUGGAACUUGAAUCUCUUGUACCAAUCACUUUCUCGAAAGCAAAGCAAGUGGUGUUGAUCGGUGAUCAUAAACAGUUACAGCCUGUUGUUAUAGACCAACAGGCAUUGACGCUUGGUUUGAACAUAUCAAUGUUCGAGAGGCUUUCUGACCGAGCCCAAAUGCUGGAAAUUCAAUACAGAAUGCAAAGAGAGAUUUGCAGUUUUCCAUCGGAAUAUUUUUACGAAAGUAAAUUGAAAACAGACAAAUCUGUACCGACAAAUGACCCAAAUUUACGAUCUUUUUGGCCUAAUCCAAAUGUUCCUCUGGCAUUUUGUCAUGUCGAGGGCGACGAGGAAAGUACAGCCAUUAAGACAACACACAGCAGUGAGCAGUCCAAGUCAAAUCAGAAAGAAGUACGAAAAGUGGUCCAUGUUGCUAGAAGCUUGGUUUUCAAAAAUGGUGUUUCCCCGUCAGAUGUCGUUAUCUUAUCGCCUUAUAGAGAACAACGCGAAAGAAUAAGCAAAGCUCUGGAAGGAAAUAUAAAAUCCAAAGAAAUCCCGGUCACAACCAUCAUAAAAAGCCAGGGAAGUGAAUGGGAUUACGUAAUCUUAUCUCUGGUGCGCUCGCUGAAUAAGGAUAGUCUCGAACCAGAUUUCUCCAUGUAUUGGUUGCGUGAACAUUUGGGAUUCUUGACGGACGAACAUCUAAUGAACGUCGGGCUGACAAGAGCGCGGAAGGGGCUCUGCAUCAUUGGUAACAAGGAACUACUGGUGCUUCAUCCCAUGUGGGAAAAAUUGCUAGAAUUCUACAAACAAAGAGAAUGUGUGGUCAAUGAAUCUGCUUGGCUUGUAAGCUGAAGCCACAUUAAUUUUAAUUACUCACUGUUGAAAAUAUCAACCAUAAUUUUGAGGAUUAUUCAAGAUGGGCUUUCUGAUUUUGAAUAAACCAUUUUUCUUCGAAAUAAAAAUUAACCUGAGCUACCUUCAAAUCAUUCUUGUAGAUAUAAAUUAAUAGGUAGCUUACUCACUUUUAAAUGGCCUCAACAUAUAUAAUCUCCCUUUAAAACACGUCAAAUGAUCAGGAGAGUAUUCUUGCCUCUGCUGAAUGGGAUUCUGAACCAUUCAAGGUCAACUUCGCCAAUCUUUGUUGAAAAAGGAUUCACGGUGCUGUGAGGAAAACGCAUUAACAUGGAAUAAAAUCCAAUUUAACUAUGUCACGCGAUCCCAUCAACUGCAGAACACAACAUAUAUAGAUUAAUUAAUGCAUUGAAAAUCAAGAGAAAAGAGUAGUACGUUUAUAUAAUUUUACAAAGAGGGAGAACUUUCUACAAUCUUUUUUCCACGAAAAAUUGAUAACCUGGCUACGCACGUGCUAGAGUCCAAUUUUUCAUCCAGAUAAAUGGUUUUCAAACGGUUUGCUUUCUUAGAUAAAGAAUUUUAAGACGCAUUAAGCUUUA